AUGUCACAAGAACAUUCUACAUCUAAAUCUUUCAAUCAUCAAACUAAUCAAAUGAGCGAGUCUGUAUCUGAAACGUUACGCAGGACUAGUAACGAUCCUAAGUGGGCUAGUAUUCCCUUAGGCACGUUAAUUGAGACAAAUAAAUUGAUUUUUGUACCAGGCUCUCUUUCUGUGGAGGAAGCUUUUAAUACAUUAGUCAGAAACCAAUUAAACUCUAUCCCAGUAGAAGUAUUUCCUGGUGAUAUGAACUGUUUAACUUUUGAUUAUAAUGAUUUAAAUUCGUAUCUUCUAUUAGUAUUAAAUAAAAUUCAAGUCAAUAAUCAAAAAGUUACAGAAGAGUGUCAAAAUGGUAAACCAGUACCUGUAGGUGAAAUUGUAAAAUUAACUCCAAAAAAUCCUUUCUAUAAGUUACCUGAGACAGAGACUUUACUCACUGUAAUGAAGAUUUUAGGGUCUGGUGUACACAGAGUAGCUAUCUGCAAUCCAGAAAUGACUUUUGUUAAGGGGAUCCUCUCACAAAGAAGAUUAAUCAAAUAUCUUUGGGACAAUUCUGAAAACUUUACUUCUUUAGAAACGUUAUUCAAUUAUUCUUUACAAGAUUUACAAGUCGGUGUAUUAAACUCUCAAUAUAAACCAACUUCAAGACAAUCCAGAGUCAUUUCAAUCCAUGGUGAUGAACCAUUGAUCAUGGCAUUAUAUAAGAUGCACGUUGAAAGAAUCUCCUCAAUUGCUGUUGUUGAUAAUCAAUAUAACCUUCUAGGAAAUAUCUCCGUGACUGAUGUGAAGCAUGUUACUAGAACAUCACAAUAUCCACUACUACAUAAACCAUGUCGUCAUUUUAUCUCUGUCAUAUUAAAUUCAAGAGGUUUAGAGACAGGUAAGGACUCUUUUCCUGUAUUUCAUGUUUACCCAACGUCUUCUCUAGGUAGAACAUUGGCUAAAUUGGUAGCUACAAGAUCUCAUAGGUUAUGGAUUGUUCAACCACCAGAAUGUGUAUUAGCUUCACAAACUAGUGGAACUGCAGGCUUUUCUCAAUCUAAUUCUAAUAAUACAACGAUACCAACUCAAACUGAUCCACAAUUUCAAUCACAAUUAUCUCCAACAACAAGUAAUAACAGCACUGUUAAUAACCCACCACCAUCAUCAAAUCUAUUUGAACAUGAAUAUAGAUCAGGCAAGUUAAUUGGUGUGAUCUCUUUAACUGAUAUCAUUAACUUAUUUGUCAGAGUAACUAUUGAUUAUAGAGAAGUCGAUCCACAAACUGCAAGAAGACAAAGAGGAAGUGUUGCAUAA